AUGAGGCCCCUUGAAGAAGGCGUGCUCGCGGCCACGGGCCAGGUGCUCGGCCUGGCCGAGUUGCGCUCCGGGAGCAAGAAAGUCUUCAAGCCUCGGCCAUGGAUGAUUGUCACACUGAUCCUCGAAGGUGCAUGGCUGAUUGUGCGCGAGGCGCCUUGGUCCGGGGUGCGCUUUGUGGGCGCCGGCCCCGGUGCCCAGGUGAUCGUCCCCUCGCUGGAGGGGCGGCUGCUGGUGGCCUUCCAUCUGGAAAAGGUGGACAUCGACAUUGCCCCGGCUAAGCGCCGCCUGCGCCUGUCGAAGGAGGGCCGCCAGGUGGAGCUGCGGGAAUUGAGCCCGGGGGCGGUGUUGCUGCGGUCCUCGCGUCUGCAAGUGACCCAUCGCCAGGUGAGUUCGUUGGCGAUGUCCGGCGCGGCCGAUGACGAUCCCCUGGCGGGAGCCCUGCUCGACCUGUUGUCGCCAUUGGACGCGGAGACUCCGGGCGAAGUCCGCGCCCGAGGGAACACCGGCGGCCUCUUUCCCUUUGACUGGUGGUCGGAGAUGGUGACGAGGCAAAUCUUCCUGGCUGGCGGUAAUCUCGUUCGCGAGUAUGCGCCCUCCAUCCGGCCCGGGUCCAUUUUGACAACGUCAUCCGACGACGAGUUCUAUCGGCGACACGGCAUGGAGCAAUUCUUCGGUGGCGACUCUCCCACAUCCGGCAUGCCCGUCCCCUGCGACCUGGGUGAAGUGUCCCCGAUGCCUGACGCUGGAAACCUGGGCGACCUGCCCGAACCAUCACCCGCUGACAAGCAGAUGGAGAUGUCCCAGAGCUCCACCUCCGACAGCCUGGAGGGCCGGUUGGCCACCUGCCGUGCUAAUGAUGAGGACGAUGAAGAGGAUCUUUUCUACACUCCCCUUUCCAUGUCCCGGGUGUGUUCGCCGGAUGCAGGCGAGGGGGCAGCUGCUUGCGGGGACACCCGUAGCCCGGGGGCGCCGGAGUCCACCCUCACGGGGAAGCUAUCUUCCCAGACCCUCCUCUUGGACGAUAUCGAGGCAACCGCGGACACAGUUCGUACCUCGCUGCCCUGCGAUUCGAGUGGAAAGCUCCCAUCGAUUUAUUCGCUGCUCAAGCAGCCUGCUCGAGACCUGGCCCGUUUCCUCCUGCCGCUGGACUGGCACGAGCCCUCGACUCCGACUGUUCGCUUUGCGGAGGAACUCAUUCACUCGGGACCGCUAUUGGCUCGGGCCAUCCGGUGUGCCGAGACAGCGGACUGUGCCCUGGAGCUGCUGGGCCCCGGCGAGGCAAUGGGAAUCCCCGCAUUCGACUCGCUUGAGGAUCUACUCUCUUUGAGCUGGUUCCCGGAGGCCCUCAAGCAUGCGCUGGCCGGUGGACACUGGACAUCGGGCCCGGGGCACCCCCCGGAAGUGGCCCCCUUCAAGCGGCCGACCUUCUCCUCGGACAUGGAGGCCCAGUGGUGGGCCGAGGCCUGUCCGAAGCUAGGGCGCAUGUGCUUGGUCGCGGCGUUGGCCGGCUGCGCGCCGUUCGGCCCCCCGACUGCACCGGGCCGGCGGUCUGCCCCAUUGGGCACGCUGAUCGGGGAAACGCUCGAGCUGAAUCGUCACCGGUCCGGCGUCGGCUUCCGCGGGCUGUCCGAGCAGCUGACCGACCAGCAAACCAUCAUCUUCGCCGAGUCCACCACGCCGUUGCGGUCACAUGUAUCCGGGCGACCCGGGCGCUGGUGUACCAUCCAGGAGGCCACUUUCUCCGUGCCCCGAUUGAGCAUCCGCUCCCUCGGCGAGCUGGAGGUUCCCAUCAGCGGUUCUGGCUGCCUUCGUUUGGACUUCGGCGACCCGCGAGACCCAUCCCCGGGCGCCGGGCCGGGGACGGAAAACUACACCUGGAACAAGCCGGGAACCCGGGUGCGCGGGCUACUGGCCGAGGUGGGCACCUGGGUGGAGCAUGUGGGGACCAUACAGCUGGACUGCGUCGAGACCGGGCUCCGAGUGGUCAUGGCCCACGAAUUGAGCACCGACUCCGGGGGGUUGCUGGACCGGGAGCAUCUGGCCGCCGCCGGAGGGCCCCUACCCAAUGGAGAUCCCCGCCUGCGGCGGAAUUUCGCCCGCGUCUCGGGCGAGUUAAUUCACGCCGAGUCUGGUCGCCGUGUGGCCACUCUGGUCGGGAGGCAUGACCGAUUCCUGGCAAUGAGGCCGGAAACGGGGGCCGGCCCUCCCCUGCCAUACCGGGUGAUCUGGGUAAAUGAUGACGUUGGCCUCGGCGAUCGGCAAUUCGGAUUCUCGGUGUUCGCCUCGAGCCUGGCGUCGCUCGAUGCGUCACACCUGGCACCCGGGGAGGAUAUGACCCCGGGUGUGCCCCGGAUCAACUUGGCCCCGACCGAUGCUCGCCUUCGCCCGGACCUCCGGCACUGGGAGUUGGGAAGGGCUGCCGAGGCGGCCGAGUCCCGGGCCAAACUCGCUCCCCGGCGGCCCGGGCAGAAUGAGCCUAGGUACUUCCAAAAGGUGGCUUCCCUCGGCAUUGCCGACCCGCGGUUCCCGGUGACCUCCUCCGGGUGGACUGUCCGACCGGCGCCAGGCGCAGAGGAUGCCCAUCGCCAAGCCCUCUAUUGGUCCAUCAAGGAGCAGGGGACAUGGUUGCGCUCGAUCUCGGAAGAGGACCCCUCGGUGGCCGAGCAUCUGCGUCUGAGCGGGCGCAUGCACCCGUAG